AUGGCCAAGUUUUCAGCGUUCUGCUCGCUCGCCCUGCUCGGCGGCCUGGCCGCCGCCCAGAAGCCAGUCGGCACCGAGACGCACGAGAAGCUCACGACGUUCCGCUGCACGGUGGCGGGCGGGUGCGUGGAAAAGACAAACUACGUCGUCCUGGACUCGCUCACGGGCCACCGCAUCUACCAGCCGGCGGCCGAGGCGUUCGACUGCGGAGUCCGGGGCGCGGCGCCAAACGUCACGGCGUGCCCGACCAAGGAAGCCUGCGCCGAGAACUGCGUGAUCGAGGGCCGGCCCGACUACGGGGUCCGGGGCGUCAGCACCGCCGGCACCAGCCUCCGGCUGCAGCUGCUCAAGGACGGCGUCAAGGUCGCCCCGCGCGUCUACCUGCUCGACGAGGCCGAGGAAAAAUACGAAAUUCUGAAGCUGACCGGCAGCGAGUUUGCCUUCGACGUCACCAUGGAUAAGCUGCCCUGCGGCACCAACAGUGCGCUGUAUCUGUCCGAGAUGGAGGAGGACGGCGGCAAGAGCGAGCUGAACCCCGGCGGCGCUGGUUGGGGAACUGGGUAUUGUGAUGCCCAGUGUUACAUCACCCCGUUCAUCAACGGAGAGGGAAACAUCAAGGGCAACGGCGCUUGCUGCGCCGAGAUGGACAUUUGGGAGGCCAACAGCCGCGCCACCCACAUUGCUCCUCAUCCUUGCAGCAAGCCUGGUCUCUACCUGUGCGAGGGAGACGAGUGCGGAUCCUCGGGAGUAUGCGACAAGGGCGGCUGCGCAUGGAACCCCAACCGCAUCGGGCAGCCGCACUACUACGGCAACAACGACACGUUCAAAGUCGAGUCCCUCAAGCCCAUGACGGUGGUGACGCAGUUCCCGGCCGACGCGACCGGCAAGCUGGCGGCGAUCCGGCGCCUGUACGUGCAGGACGGCGUCGUCAUCAAGGCCGAGACGAUCCACAAGACCGGCCUGCCUGAGGUGGACGAGCUGACCGACGGCUUCUGCGAGGCGUUUGGUGCCCGGCGCUACAUGGCCCUGGGCGCCACCGGGGGCAUGGGCGACGCCCUGACCCGCGGCAUGGUCUUGGUCAUGAGCAUCUGGUGGGACGAGUCCGGCGGCAACAUGCAGUGGCUGGACGGGAACGGGACGGGCCCCUGCAACGCCACCGAGGGCUCGCCCGCCAACAUCCGGCUCGUCCAGCCGAACCCCGAGGUCACCUUUAGCAACGUCAAGUGGGGCGAGAUUGGCUCUACUUUCCAGGGCGGUGCCGGGGUGGCGUGA